CUGUUCAUUAUCUUCAAUACUUUUGAAACGUACUUUUGUAGCGCUGUUGGUUCUCAUGCUGCACUAUCGUUAUGCUCAUCACAAUCUUCUGUAGUUGACGCUACACCUCGAGACGGAUCCACUCCAUCCGCACUCCAAGUAGAUUCUUCGAAAAUGAGCAGCUUUUCGGUGUCGGCUCCUGACCUUGCAGUGGCUCGACAACGUCAGCAGUCAAGUGAUACCUUCGAGAUUCAUAAAACGGUAGAAGAAAAUGAGGAGCAGGAAGGCGAGGAUGAAGAAGAAGAGGAAAGGUACGUUGUAAGCAAUAUGUGGUGGUCGAAAGUGCUGGAAGCUGCCAGGCAAGGAUACGUUGAGGAUAUUCCACCCAUCGACAACUCCUCGAUUUCCUACAAAUCUGGCGACAGUUACUUUUUGCGUCCAAAUCUCGCGGAGUCAAUUGACUUCCAUCUUCUUCCUGAACCAGUUUUCAACCGCUUGAGAGAGGUGUACGGUCUAGAACUGACCAGUCGAGACUACAUCUGUCGCAAAGUUGUUUCAAAAAGUGGGAAACCUGUUGUCGAGGUGUACCCUCGGAUCGUUAUGGUGGUCAUGGUGGUCCAUGCUAUUUCGCACCUACCGAUACAUAACGAAUUGGCGUUGGCUCUAUGCCUUGAUUACGUACAUAUUUCGCCUUCACUUGCUUCCUAUCAGACUGUGGAUUCUUUGACUCCGCAAUGCGUCAUUUACCAGUUAAAUGCAUAUGUGUAUGCCCGGAAAGUUUGGUUAGAGGAUGAUUGGGAUUAUGAGAACCGGGAGGCAAAUAUCCGUAUGCUCACUUUUGGGGAGGCCGAUAACUGGUCGUUAGUUUUCACUAGUUCUUAUCAGUUUUCAUUAUCGGCGAACACUGCAAGUAUUCGGUUUUACGAGGGUUCGCGAGAAAAACAAGGUGUGUAUGUAAAAGGAGCGUGUGGGCUACAGAAUCUCGGCAAUACGUGCUUUAUGGCUUCAGCACUUCAGUGCCUAUCGAACGUGCCAGAGUUGACAGAAUAUUUUCUGUCUAACAAAUAUAUUGCCGAUGUUAACAAGAAAAAUCCUCUGGGAACUCAUGGAGAGCUGGCCCGAGCGUACGGUGACCUUCUCCAAAGCAUGUGGUCGGGAGAGAACAGCAGUGUCGUUCCACGCAGGGUUAAAGUAGGGUUCCAGAUGACUAUUGGACAGUUUGCACCAAGGUUCAGCGGUUAUGCUCAGCAAGACUCUCAGGAACUCCUAGCUUAUGUCUUGGACGGUUUACAUGAGGACUUGAAUAGAAUAAAGGUCAAACCGUAUGUACCUGAUGACGAAACUCUCGAAAGGCUUGAAGAACAUGAGCAAGCUGAAAGGUCAUGGCAAGCUUAUAAAGCACGGAACGAUAGUAUUAUUGUCGACUUAGUGCAUGGUCAAUUGAAAUCGACAUUGGUUUGUCCUGUAUGUGCAAAGGUGACUUUUCGUUAUAUUAUAAAUUGCAUAAACAACAUAUGUAUGUAUAUACUCGUACGUAUGUAUAUGCAUGCAUGUAUAUAUACAUAUAUAUGUAUAAGCAAAUCUAUCGUGAAGGUCAGCAUCAAGUUCGAUCCAUUCUGCUUUCUGUCCGUUCCUUUGCCGCCAAAAGAAAAAGUGAGACAAGUUGUCACACUGAUUUUCAACUCAAGACGACGUUGGGCAAAGUUUACAAUCACAAUGGCGAAUUCUACAACUGUGCAAGACGCAAUUAACACAAUGAAGAAUUCCUUGCAAAACGUUGGGAAUGAUUUUACGGGAGAGAUUAUAGUUUAUUCCAUUGGUUUUGGAGAACUAUCCGAUGAAGUUCGAUUACUGGACCCUGCAGAACCCAUCUAUAUUGAAGACAAAAACCAAUCCCUUUAUGCUUGCCAAGUGGACCACAAUCCAAAUACUCAUAAAGUAGUUGUGAUAAAAAACCAAACACAAACUGGGCGGACUUUAUCGUUACCAAUGGUUUUCACUCUUCCUAGUCCUGAUAGCCUCACUAGGAGGUGGUGA